CAGGCCAAGAGCAAAAAGAUCAUGCCUUCAGAGUCUGCAUCGAUUUCUACGGGGCCGGCGCGGCCAAUCGUUUCGAAUGGCAAUCCUGCAACAAUUGACAUGCCCACUCAACGCCAAAGAAGAGAGAUACCACAUUCUGCCGAGUAUGGCGAGACAUAUCACAUUGGAACCUGCUAUGAUGAAGAUACGCUGAAAACCUGGGACACCGACGACCUGCGAGACAAACCUUACCUGGCUCAUGUCAAGGCUCUGUCUCGUACUUGGAGACCAUUGCGUCACCUAGCAGAUUUUAUGCAGGUGGGAACAUCACCACUGCAUUGGAGGUACCUCCAUUUCCCUGAAAAUCAGACCGAAUUGAAAGACCGGCGCGCCAAGACAAAUGUUACGUACAUCGAGUACAAGCCUCUAAAAGACUCGCAGCCAGUCCCCGUCACUAUCGAUUCGGCCGACAAACUGAAAACAACCUUGGCAGCUUUGUCUCACGAUCCGCCGGGCGCUCCCCCGCUACGACUAUUCAUUGUCGAAGAUCUCUCGACUGAGGUGAUCGAGCAACUCGGCUCCAGAUUUGACGUCGACCCUCUUUUCUUUCGAGAGCAGAUCGAAGACAAUGUAUGGUAUAAUAUUCGCGAUCCUUGGGCCAUAGCACCGAGCUUGACAGCUAGCACGAAACAGCGCUCCUGGUUCCGCCUGCGAAAUAUGCGACUUCGAUAUCACAAGACAGGAAUAUCCUACGAGAAUGGAAGACAAGAGGUCAACAAAUGGAAUAUCCUGAGACGACCGGACAAUGACAAUAACCACUGGGCUCAUAAAGACGAGGUCCAAAGAGACGCACAGGGCGAUGUCCUUAAGGAUAAUAAGGGUAAUCUGAUAGGAAAGUCAGUGGUCUCCAUCAUGCGAACGCGAACAACGAUUUGGAUUGGGAAAGACAAGCAGUGUGGCGAUGGGAUAGUGGGCAUCGUACUGGUGGACCCAACUAUGGAAGAAGGUAAACCACUUUGGCAUGACCGUACCAACUGGCUGCCCACCACCAGUAUGGGUCAAGGAGCACCACCACUUCCAACUUCAGAUAGAUCGUGGUACAAGGACAUUGUGCGAACGACCGCCGCAUUCCCUUGGUUCGAGGCUGAAUUGGUCCAUGAAAUUGGACCGCAGGUUUUAGCAUACCCGACACUCUACACUGUUUGUGCUGAAUGGCUCAUCGUCUGUGACUACGUCAAGACACGUGUCAGUCAGAUUGAGUGGGAGGUGGAACUCCCAGAAGUGUUUCGCGAGAAGGAGAAGAACGAUCUUCGCUCCAAAAGCGAACUCAUUGCAGACUCUCUGAAACGCCUACACACUUGGAGACGUCAUAUCCCGGUGUUUCGAGACAUGGUCACUGAAGCAUUGCAACAGGCCUUACCGGCGGCAGCGCGGCUCACCUCAGUUUCAGCAGCGACUGAACCCAAGGCCUUUGAAGACAUUCGACCUGAUUUUGAUCGCAUUUUGGACAACAUCAAGGAAUUACAGGACCGGAUCGACCGCCUUACUGCCAUUGUAACGUCAGAGAUCAACAUCGAAGACACAAAGCAAAGCAUAGAGGACAACCACAAUCUGGCUCGAUUGACCUGGUUAGCGACUAUCUUCAUCCCGCUCAGCUUCGUCUCCGCGUUCUUCAGCAUGAAUGAGAGCGUUUCCGCCCUGAAAUACACUUAUGGAUGGUUCUUCCUGACGGCCAUACCAUUCACAGGUAUUUGCCUGGCCGUUGCGCAGUUAGCAGGAGGUGGCGCCUGGGGCCGGAAGACUAUGGGGAAGGAGAUCAAGAAACAGGGCAGCUCAUUCUACAGCAAAGUCAAGUUCAAAUAGUGAAAACGCGUCGAUAGGGAUCGAAUGCCUCAUCAUCUUGUCGUAUCUAUCACGAUCAAGCGUUCAAAGGCUACGUGUAUGUUCAGUAGCCACCAAUCCAAAUGGCCGUGAACAAUACGAGAGCCUGUGCAGAAUAUACAUACGGAUGUUGUAACUACGUGGCUUAGAUCACAUGAUAUCCUAUUGUAGCAGGUACUGCCCGGUGGGCAAGUGCGCUUACCUCAGAGCUGAGAGCUCCUGUAACAUCAGACCACAACACGACAACAGAUAGCAAUACAGUCGUUGAUCACAGU